AUGUCUGGCAAACUAUCUGGAAAGGUCGCGAUCGUGACUGGUGGAGCAGGAGGAUUUGGCAAAGGCAUUGCACAAAAGUUCAAGGAGGAAGGCGCCGAAGUGAUCAUCGCCGAUUUCGUCGAGGAGGCCGGACAGAAGACCUCGACAGAAUUGAAGUGCGAGUUCGUGAAGUGCAAUGUGACCUCGCGGCAAGACUGGGAAGCGGUUCUAAAGCUUGCGGACGAGAAAUUUGGCAGGCUGGACUACGUUAUCAACAAUGCCGGAACGACGUACAGGAACAAGCCGACGGGCGAAGUAACAGAAGAAGAUUUCGACAAGGUUUUCAAUGUCAACGUGAAGUCGAUCUACUACUCCGCGAACGUGAUCGUUCCGUACAUGCAGAAGAAGGGCAAUGGUGGAUCGUUCGUCAACAUUGCUUCAACAGCUGGACUCCGCCCACGAGGCGGUCUCACCUGGUACAAUGCAUCGAAAGCCGCAGUGAUCAACGGAACGAAGUCAAUGGCUGUCGAGUAUGCGAAAGACAAGAUUCGCUUUAAUAGUGUCUGUCCGGUUGUUGGCCUAGGCACGGGGCUGACGGACUUCUUCCUUGGCAAACCAGAGAAUGAGAAGACAUUCAUGGCCACGAUCCCACUGGGUCGUGGUUCGACACCAAAGGAUGUCGCCAAUGCCUGUGCUUUCCUCUGCGGCGAAGACUUCUUGACCGGCAUCGAGAUCCCUGUUGAUGGUGGAAGGUGUGUCUAG